GUCAUCAUAGUCGGAGACAACUUCUUCGAUGGACUGCAGGUGGUGUUUGGAACCAUGCUAGUAUGGAGUGAGUUGAUAACACCUCAUGCGAUACGAGUCCAGACCCCUCCACGGCAUAUACCGGGUGUUGUGGAAGUAACGUUAUCGUAUAAAUCGAAGCAGUUUUGUAAAGGAGCGCCGGGUCGAUUUGUAUACGUAUCACUGAACGAACCAACGAUAGACUACGGAUUCCAGCGGCUUCAAAAACUAAUUCCCAGGCAUCCUGGGGAUCCAGAAAAAUUACCAAAGGAAAUAAUUCUGAAACGAGCCGCAGACUUGGCGGAGGCGCUGUACUCGAUGCCGCGCAACAACCAGUUGUCACUGUCAGCGCCAAGAUCACCGACCAUGCCCAACAACGGCAUGGCUUCGACCUUCAACGCAUACGCCGGCCAGCUGGCCGUCACGGUCCAGGACACCGGAAACGGUCAGUGGAGCGAAGACGACUACGGAGGAGGAGGCGGUACUACAGGAGGGGGCCGCACCCAGAGCAGCAGCGUCUCCCCUAGAGGCGGGUACUGCUCGAACGCGUCCACCCCCCACUCUACCGGAGGCGGUUCCUAUGCGAGCGGAGGCGGAAUGAACGGAUACGGCGGAGCCACCCCUACCAGUACCACCGGGUGUGGGAAUGGAUCGCCUACUGCUGCCGGGGCAACUGGAGGGAUUUUUAAUGGAAUGUCCCUAGUGUCAUCACCCUUCGCCUCAAUGAACCCGUUUGCACUACCGCCCUGCAGCUCGCAAUCAUCCGUGUACAGUUCCGCCUUAGUGGGCGGCAAAUAACGGGCGGCCCCCCUAGGGGCGGGCAGUGCCAGUUCGUGCGGAUCCACCCCACCCCUGGCCUUCUCCGACUGAUCUCAUCUUCGACGAUUAGCUAAAAACUUUGAUUAUAGGUGACGCACGGUGGCACAACUUUUAAUACACUUUGAUAAAUCCAUUCUAAUAACUUUUGAUACGUGUCCACAAAUCCGCAUGGAGGUAGAACUAUUUUGCACUAAACGUAUUUCAGAAUUCGUUAUUAAAUAUUUGUACAAGCGCAUCCAGGAAUCUGAUCAGGGUCGGCAACAUCAACAUUGAAGAUUAUAGAUUUGGUUAUUUAGGUGGAAGUACGUGAUAUGUGAUACACAGAACGCACAUUCGCCAAGAUACCAAAAUAUGUAAUGUUAAUAUCCAGGUUACUUUCAUAUCAGUCCAUCGACCCCCAAUUCUGUGUUUAGGUUCAUGUUCAGCGGGAAAAAACACAUAAUAAAACCAUAUAGUGGUACCUCCAGCACACCACUUUUUUGUGGACCUGCUUAGCUAUACAACUUGCAAUCUAUCAAGUGUCCUGCUUUCUGAAAUUGAAAUAUUAAGCGUUUGAAUAUUUUGCAUCCUGUUGGAUAUUAAUUAGGUUU